AUGUCCUCCUCAUAUCCCGAAGCCCCGCGUAGAACCGGCGUGCCCAGAGAUGUCCUCCGAUGGCUGCAGAGUCUGGAUCUGAGCUUCUCCCCUAAGAACUUCCGGAGAGACUUUUCAAAUGGUUUCAUCACAGCUGAGAUCUUCUAUUGGUAUUAUCCAGAAGACAUACAGUUGCAUUCAUUUGACAAUGGGACAUCUCUAGCUGCCAAAUUAGGCAACUGGUCACAGCUGGAGAAGUUCUUCUUAAAAAGGAAAUUGAAUCUUUCCAAAGAAUUAAUUGACGGAACAAUUCAUUGCAAACCUGGAGCAGCAGAAAUAUUGUUACAAGAAUUUAUGUUAUGCUGACAAACAGGAGGAUCAAAACUCUCCAGGAUAAUGAAGUGGACUUUACUGAUAGACAUUACCAAGACAAGCUGCCUAUGGUGGCCAGAUCUACAGCAGCAAAGGCAGUAAAGAGCAAUAUAACCCUGAGUGAGACCCUGGCUGAGCCAGACAUUAUCAUCAACCAACAGAAAGUUCAGGCUGUCAUUGAUUUACAUUUGUUGCAGAGACAGCAAGAGAGAAUUGAUGACCCAAGGCGGUUUAACAUGAAACCAUCAAUGGGUGAGCUUGCCCUCCGUAUCCCACCACCACCUGACCAUACUGGCAGUGAAAGCAGCCUGUCCAAUAGAUCUGCAUCAUCUUUGUCCUCUUCCUCCAGCAUUCGAAGCAAAUCGAAUGUUAACUUCAAAGAAAUUAAAGUGAAGCAAGGAGAUAGAAGCUAUGUGUCCUCCAGUAUGACCUCAACAGCAUCAUCCUCCACGUUAAGCACAUUCUAA